UAGCCGUUGGCAACUCGCCCUUCGUUUCUCCGCAACACCAAAGUUCUCUCUCUCUCUCUCUCUCUCUCUCCAUUGAAGCCAUGGGAAGACUCAGAGCAAAGAGCGACUAUGAAAAUCUCCGAAAUGCACGAAUAUCUGAAAAUCAGGCUCGACUGGCUUCUCUUGGACUAGAAAAAACUGCUUCUGACCUUCAUUCCAUCAUCUCCUCUACAAAACCCAUCAAGACUCCCAUCCGUAAAUACCAAAAAUCCAUCUAUGAUCGCACAUGCCUGCGCCGUUCCGAUCGAUUGAAGGGAAAACCUGCCGAUCCAAAAUUGACUCUGACAGACAAAAUUGGUCUCUCUGAGCGGACUCGACCAAUGCCAAGGAGAUUGUUCAACAGAGGAGAUGAUGAAGAAGAGACGAGGCCCGCGAAUGCUCCUUUUCUGAGCAUCCAUCCUUCGGAGCUGCAGCUUCCUCCAGAUGUUCUUGCCCGACGCUGUGAUAGCAAGAGUAGAGGGAGUGUUUAUAAUUCUAUUUUGGGUAUCUGUUGCCAUUUCUGCAGGCAGAAAAAGCUAUGUGGAGAGGAAGAUUGCAAGCGGUGUGGAAAUGGCGAUAUCGAUCAGCCAUGUAUAGGCAAGACGGAUUGCUCGGUCUGCCAUUCUAGCAAUGGCAUUCUUUGUCGAGCUUGUCUCAAGGUUAGGUAUGGAGAAGAGAUGGAGAAAGUAAGGAACAACAAGAAAUGGAUGUGCCCACAUUGCAUUGAGGACCAAGGACUAAAACCAUUCUGGAUCUGUAACAGCUCCAUUUGUUUGAAGAAGCGAAAGAUUGCACCCACCGGAAUAGCCAUUUUCGAAGAAGCCCGGGAGAAAGGAUUCAAAUCAGUAGCACAUCUACUCAUGGACAAGCUUAAGCAAGCAGAAGGUCGCCGGAGCCAAUCAUGAUGAUCUUUUCACAUGUACGAAUUCCACAUUGUAGAGAGAAAGAAACAGGACUCUGCUUCAAAUAUCUGCUCUUGGGACGUUAAGAAGAUUGACAGAGGGAGGUUAGCCAGGCCACAUUUAGAGUGGCUACGCCCCUCCUGAGUUUUUGUUCUCUUUUUGCAUGAUGCAUUUCAAUUGAUGUGGGCGUUGAAAGAAUUGAUUUUCCAUUGUGACAAGAAAAGAAAAAGAAUCCAAUAUUGUGAUUUGUCUUGUUGAUCCUCAUAUUGUGAUUUGGGCGUUGAAAGAAAUGAUUUUUCAUUGUGACAAGAAAAGAAAAAGAAUCCAAUAUUGUGAUUUGUCUUGUUGAUCCUUAUAUCAGAUACAUGCUCACAUUCCAUGUGUUUA